CAUUUCUCAUUUUAUUUUGUUUGACCAAAAGAACUCAUUAUAAGCAGCUCCCCCCAUGUAUUAGCAGCUCAACAUCAACCAGAACCAUCCAAGAAUAUUUCUCUGGUUUAUAAUUUUUAAAUUUAUUUCACAACACAACCAUGAAGAAGAUCGACUUAGGGAACCACCGCGAGGUGGCUCAGCCGGACUGCAUCAAAGCUCUCAUUGUCGAAUUCAUCACCACCUUCUUCUUUGUUUUCGCCGGCGUCGGAUCCGCCAUGGCCACCGACAGCUUAAUCGGAAACACGUUAGUGGGACUUUUAGCGGUCGCGGUGGCUCAUGCAUUCGUGGUGGCGGUAAUGAUAUCUGCUGGACAUAUCUCUGGUGGCCACCUCAACCCCGCUGUUACCAUCGGCCUACUUUUCGGAGGUCACAUCAGCGUCUUCCGCGCAUUCCUCUACUGGAUUGAUCAGCUGUUGGCCUCCUCCGCAGCCUGCUUCCUCCUAAGUUACCUCACCGGAGGAAUGACACAUUCAGAAACAUGACCACAUCAAGAAAAGACUACAAGGAGCUAUAAUAAAUGAUGAAAACCUCUUCAACUAGUUUAGCAGCUGCAGCUAAGUUCUUGUCGAACUUGCAAGCGAGGUCACGAACUGAAAGACGCUUGUACUGCUCUGACAAGUCUCCCGUCUCUUUGCCGACGACAUCUUUAACAGAUGGACCUUUUUCAUCUUCUUCAGGCUCAUCGAUGAUCUGAUCAUCAGGUCCUAAGUUGUAUGAUGGGAAGCGAUUAGAAGCAAAGCUCACAUCUGCUGAGAUUGGUUCAACUACUACAGCUUCAGACACACUCUUUGCUUUCAGGACAUACUUUAUAGUCAUUGUCAGAAUUUUAUCUGCUGACAACAAGAAAACAGAAUUAAAGUCUUUGGUCUUGUUCAAAACAUGUUAAAAAGAAAACAGAGAGAAGAAGGCCAGAGACCUUUGGUGUUGUUGUGAUUCUUCUUGAGUCUCUCUUCCCAGAAACAGCUCGCUUGACUGAACAUCAUGUCUUUUUCUAUUUCUCUCUUUCUUUCACGCCAGCAUCGUUUACAGAGUGCACAAACGUUUUUAAAAAAAUAAUUAGACAACUCUCUGGUCCGCUUCUUGUUCGUUGGAAAGCGACGACGCGCUGUCUUUUUCGCGUGAAAACUCACGCGCCGUCAGGUCCCUGUGUGUGCAUCGCUGUUAUGGGUCCCCACUCACUUCCUUCUAGGCUAAUUGGGCCUUUUCUUCUUAAUUUCUUUGUCUGAUGGCUCUAAGUUUCUAACUAUGACUCUUUCUCUUUGUUUAUUUUAUUUUGUUAAACUAAAUAAUAUUAUUUUCUUUGUAUAUCUAAUUAUGUCAAGCUUUCAUAUGACACUUCAAUUGUAUUAUAUUAUAAAGGUUUUUUCUAAUC